AUGGAAACAAUAGAGAGGUAUCGAGCAGAAUUGGGCACUGUUGUUGUAGCUGGAAUUGAUGGUACAUUCAAAACAGUUCCUAAAAGUCCACCAGAACUUAGAAAGGGUGCUUUUGUCACAUUCCAGAUAGUGUAUAGGAGUGUAUCAUUCCCAAUGGUAUAUGCAUUCCUCAUUUCAAUGAACCAAGAAAGCUACCAAGCACUCUUGAAUGUAAUCUGUAAUUUGCUGCCAUUAGAUUACGAACAACUGUGUAUCAUCACAGAUUUUGAAAUGCCAUUAAUGAAUGCAGUUCAAACUGUAAUGCCUGAAACUAAAUUGAUGGGGUGUUGGUUUCAUUUUUGCCAGGCAGUCAUAAGAUACAGUAAGCGGAAAUUGAACAGUGGGUACCAUCUUUUUCAAAGUAGCCCUAUUGCAGCCAGAGUUUUGAGAAUGGUAUUAGCUCUACCACAUUUGCCUGCACACAGAGGCCAUCCGGAUUGUCCUCAACAUGAUAUUAAUGAUGGUUUCAGGGCUAUCAUUAAUUAUGUUCAACAGUUUUCUGACAUUGAGGUACAUUUGAGAACUUUCCUCAUUGGAUACGUUAAAAGAUACUGGUUGUCUCAAGUUGGACCAAGGAUUUUGAGCAUUUUUGGACGUGAAUACAGGACCAAUAAUUAUUUGGAAUCGUUUCACUCCACUUUGUUAACACAAAUGUCAAAACACCCUAAUAUAUCAAUAUAUGGGAUUUUAUCCAGAAAUUGA